AUGUCUGAAGAAGCUCUUAUUAUUGUGGACGUUCAAAACGAUUACUUUCCCGAUGGAAACCUUCCUACCUGCAGCCCAAUUGAAACUGCACAAGCCUGUGCCCAAUUGAUCAAGAAAUUCCGACAAGAAGGAAAAGAAGUUAUCUUUGUCAAGCAUAUCAUCAAAGACUCUCAAGAAAAGGAUUAUCCAUUUCUCAUCAAGAACACGCACGGUUCUGAAAUUCAUGACAUUGUCAAGCCUUUGCCCACCGAAAAAAUUGUAGUGAAACAGGAAGUUAGCAGUUUCGUUGGCACUGAUCUGAAGCAACACUUGCUUAGUAAAGGUGUGAAGAAAUUGGUGGUGGUGGGUAUGAUGAUUCAUAACUGCGUUAAUGCUACCGUAUAUUCUGGC